AUGAGGGAGAAGCGCACCCGAGAUUAUAUCCCGGAGGGAGCCAUUUCGUUCAGCGACAAGGAUGUCGCGGGCAUUGUGCAGCCUCAUAAUGAUACACUGGUAAUAUUUGUUCUUAUAAACAAGUCCCGUUUUAAGCGUGUGUUGAUUGAUCCAGACAGCUUGGCCAAUAUCAUUAGAUUGAGGGUCGUAGAACAGUUGAGGCUACAUGAUCAAAUAGUGUUGGCGGUCCGGGUGUUGAACGAAUUUAACAUGGCAUGCAAAACUACCAAAAGAGAAAUAACUUUGCUAGUAAAUACCGCCGGGACGAUUCAAGAUACCAAAUUCUAUGUGAUCGAAGGGGACAUGAGAUAUAACGCUCUAUUCGGGAGACCAUGGGUUCACAACAUGAGGGCAGUAUCUUCGACUUUACACCACGCGUUAAAAUUCCCAACUACGGAAGGAAUCAAGAUGGUAUACGGAGAACAACCGGCUGCAAAGGAUAUUUUCGCAGUCGAUGAAGUACACUCGGUGCCCGCCGUCCCGACAUUAAGGAAUACAAAACUGAUCAGAAAGGCCACAGUCAAAUAG